AUGUUCGUUAGAGCGCAAGUUCCAAAAAGUAGAACUUCAUUAACUCCUCAAAAUUUCAAACCAAUUUGCAUCGAAUAAAGGGGAGAUUGUACUCCUACUCGAAGCAAUAACAUUAGUUACUAUGAACACAGUAUUCUCAUUUAAGAACCAUCUCAAUAAUCUUUAUAAAAUUAUACUGGAAGAGUUGAAGAGAAAUUGCAAAAGAGAGUUAUCAAUUCUAGUGCAUCUAAUUUGAGAAGUAAAUACGUUUCAGAUAAGGAAAAUUUGGUAAGGGUUCCAGGACAAUCCUUCUGUGGAAAUCAACCUUCAAAUAAAGAGUUAUAAUAGGUUAUAAAUAACCUUAAAAAGUAAAAGGAAGACAUAUGUUUCACUCUUUCUGAGACUCUUAAAAAGAAUACACUAAUUCAAGAAUAAAUAGAAGUAAUUAUUGUAAAAUAAUUUAGACUGUUAAUAAGGAAAUGGAAUAAUAAUCUCUAAAUUAUUAAUAAAGUUUGGAUGAAUUUAUGAAUGAAUUUAAUGAUCUCACUUAAAAAAUAUCAUAGUUAGAAGAAUAAAAUAAUAAAUUGUUUGAAUAAAAUGAGCAUCAAAAAUGGUACUUAUAAUAGAUUUAAUGUUAAUCUUCAAGGUAUUUGUAUUGUAUAUUAAUUAAGAUUUAAUUAAACUCAUAAUUUUGGAACAAGUUGA